AUGGCUGCCAAACUAUUAUCCCAUUACCCGUGGGCAUCAAGCCCGUUUCUUGUUAGCGCGCCGAUGCGGGUCUUCUCUGGCCCAGCACUUGCUGUCGCUGUCUCACGCGCCGGUGGCCUGGGCUUUAUCGGGCCCGGGGUCAAAACUAAGGAUGUUGGAGUCGAUCUCGAAGAAGCAUCGGCUUUAAUCGAGAAGGCGCGCGCGUCGACAACUGCCUUCAAUUUCUUGUCAUCGGCAACCCCUUCUUUGCCAAUUGGAGUAGGUUUUCAACUCUGGGGAGAUGACCUAAAUACCGCGGUCGCUUCAAUCGAGAAAUUCAAACCAUGCGCAGUCUGGCUUUUUGCGCCCAAAGAUGGCCCAAAUGAUUUUGACCAAUGGUCACGCAAAAUUCGACAGGUAUCUCCCGAAAUCAAAAUUUGGAUUCAGAUCGGCACGCUAGGAGAAGCGAAACAACUGUUGCAGAUAUCCGAGAAGCCAGAUGUUAUUGUCGUACAGGGAGCGGAGUCGGGUGGCCACGGUCGGGCAGCAGAUGGGAUGGGCAUCAUGUCAUUAUUUCCCGAGAUCGCAGAUGCAAUCGCAACCAGUCAAAUUCCUUUAGUCGCGGCAGGAGGUAUUGCUGAUGGGCGAGGAACAGCAGCGGCAUUGUGCUUGGGGGCUUCUGGUGUGGCGAUGGGGACUCGGUUCCUAGCUUCCAACGAAGCGCGGAUUAGCCAGGGAUACCAAAAUGAGGUUGUGCGCGCAUCGGAUGGGGCGGCGAAUACAACACGAACACUUCUUUACAAUCAUUUGCGAGGAACCUUUGGAUGGCCGGCCGAGUACAGUCCAAGGACUAUCAUUAACAAAUCAUAUAUCGAGCACCAGGGCGGUGUUGCCUUUGACGAACUCAAGAGGCUUCAUGAUGAAGCUUUGAAAGCUGGAGAUGACGGAUGGGGACCAAAUGGCAGGCUUGCCACGUAUGCAGGUGCCUCUAUAGGAUUGAUUAACAAUGUGGCCAGUGUAGCAGACAUUGUACGAGGAGUGCAAGAGGACACCGUAAAGAGGAUCCAAGGGACUGGACUUUAUGGGCAAUAA